AUGCUACACUGCUCCCUCCUCCUCCUCCUGCUCGAUGGGCAGGGUGCUGAAGCCUGUGAUGCCGGUGAAUGCUGUUUUCAGGACCUGCCCUAUCCAGACGUAGAGCCAGCCUCAGACUCUGGCCCCAGGAAUCUGAACUGUUACCGGAUACUCAGCGCCAGUUACGAAUGCACCUGGCACUACGAGGGGUCCAGGGCAGAGGUCAGCCACUUCCUGAGGUGCUGCCUCAGGCCAGGGCGUUGCUGCUACUUCAAGGCUGGCUCGGCCACCACGCUGCAGUUCUCCGACCAGGAUGGCAUACCUGUGCUCCGCGAUGUCACCUUCUGGGUGGAAUCCCGGGUUGCCAACCGCACAGAGAAGUCGCCUGCGGUUAACUUGACGCUGCACAGCUGGGUUAAAUAUGAUGCUCCUGCAAACAUGAACGUGUCCAAGUCGGCAAACCAGCUGCUUGUCAGGUGGAAACCCCCAGCCCAUCAGGAUAACGCUGAGGUGCAAUUCAGGCAUCGGAUAGCUGGUGGCCCAUGGAGUUGGGGUAACUGUGGAAGGCAGGAUGAUGCUGGCUUCCGUGAGAGUAAUGAAGAGUCGUGCCUCUGUCCCUGGAGGAAAGAUGUGGCUCAGGAAUUUCAACUCCGUAGGCGCUGGCAAGGGCCAAGGGGUCCCUGGAGCAACUGGAGCCCUGUGUGCAUCCCCCUUGAAUCCCCUGCUCAACUCAAUUUGAACAUCUCACUGGAGACACUUGGCCAGAAUGGGAGGAGACAGCUGACCUUGAAAGGGCAGCUGCCUCAGCUUUUGUUUCCAGAAGGCUGUAAUAGGCCAGAGCCUACGCGGAAGACUUACCAUGUCCACCUACACAUGUUGUCCUGCCCGUGCAAGACCAAGGCCACAAACACGAAGCCCCUCCGCCUGGGGAAAGCAUUCAACCUCUCGGGUGCUGCCUACAACCUGACUGUUGUCUCCUGGGAAGGCUUUGGCCCCAACCUGACGUGGCAUAUUCCUGCUGAAACCCAAACAGAAACAGGGGUCCUGAACGUCAGCAUUGGUGUCAACGGGACCACCGUGCAUUGGCCAGCACCAGCCCAGGGCAAGACAUACUGCGCUGUGUGGCAGUCCCAGGGCCAGAAGGAGAGCGUUGCCUCCUGCCUGUUGAGCGAGCCCCAGGAGGGGGACCCUCAUGGAAGGGCAGCCCACAGCUGGAGCCAAAUGUUUGGGGCCAUGGAGCAGGAGGUAUGUUACCGCGUCAUGAUUUUCGCCUCUGCAAACCCAGAGAAGCUCACCUCCUGGUCUACCGUCUUGUCUACCUACUACUUUGGGGGCAAUGCCUCGCGGGCUGGGAGCCCGCAACACGUGUCGGUGAAGAAUUUCAGCUCCAGUUCUGUGUGCGUGGAAUGGACGCCGUCCCUGCUGGGCAUCUGCCCUGGUGUCCUUAAGGGGUACGUCGUGCGCUGCACAGAUGAGGACAGCAACCAGGUGACCGAGUGGCCUGUGGCUCCUGCAGAGACCCAUGUCACCCUCCAUGGCCUGCGGGCUGGUGUAAACUACACCGUGCAGGUGCGAGCGGAUACAGCUUGGCUACGAGGCACCUGGAGCCAGCCCCAGCACUUCAGCAUUGAAGCCCAGAUUUCCAUGUUGUCCAUCUUCCUGGCAUCUCUGGGAAGCUUCCUGAGCAUCUUUCUCCUGGGCAUCCUUGGCUACCUUGGUCUGAACAGGGUAGUAGGGUGCCUGUGUCCACCCCUGCCCACGCCCUGCACCAGCACUGCAGUCAAAUUCCCUAGAAGCCAGUGGAAAGAGAACUGGCUAUGGGUCAGCCCCACGGACUUCCUGGAGGAGGUGUCCCCACAAGAAGCCUUGGUGGUAAACAUGUCCGGGGAUGAAGUCAAGGGGGACACACCCAAGCCUCUCAAGGAGGAGAAGAAGCUGCCUCAGAGGGCGCCAGGGCCCAUCUUGGACAUGGAACUGCCCUUGGCAAACAGGAGGCAGGUGCCAGGACACCCUGAGGCUGGGGCGCUGGGCCCUGGUAGGCAGGACAACCUGGAGGGCAGCCCGGCCCAGACAGCUGCACUCCCACUGCUCCUGGGAGACCAAGCACACGGGCCCAGCUUUGGCGGCCCUGGGAACAAGGACCUGGAAGGCCGAGGGAGAAAAAGGAGGGACCCCCCCACCCAUGGACAGGAAGACUGAUAACCGAAAUCACAGGGGGUGGUUAUUAAGUGCAUGUGCAUAGCCAGCCUGUCUCAUCCAGCCCAUAGUGUGAUGCUCUGAACCCCCUAACUGCCUCCAGAGGAAGGUGGCUGUCCUGUCUCACAACGUGCUCAUUGAGGACCAAAGCUGGCAAGCUGCUGGCCUGAAGCCACACUACAGAGCCCUGGAAGGAGUCAGACCAGGCCAAGUGACCCGAACCUUCCCCAUCCCCCGGACCCAACCCGGCGCCUCUACUGCCCCCAUCCCCACUCCACCCAUCCCCUCCAGCACCUGUUUCAACAUCAUGUGGCUGGAACCCUGGGAACAGCCCAGAAACAGAAGCUGCCACACCCAGCCUGGGCCUGAUACCCAUGGGGCAAGGACAGGCAUGUCAUUGGCCCGCUGGGCUUGGGGCAGACUGGAGGGGGCCCAAAGGGGACUCAUCCUGAUCCCAGGGCGCUGAGCUGGGCACCCUGACCUAGGAGCAUGGCUCCGGGAGUCUGUGCGCACUGCAUUGUGGGGGCUCCUCGGUGGGAGGAUCUAGAUGUGGAGAAAGAAAGGGGGUCUAAGCAUUUUCAGGGAGGGGAUUCUCUACUCCAUCAGUUUGCUCUAUUGUGAAAGGGGGUUGAUGAUACUGCUGACCUCACAGAGCUGUUAGGGGAUCUUAAAGCUUAAUAAAUGAGCUUCCUUAUUUAUUAAGGGAGCCUUAAUAUCCUGACAUAUUCUGACUGGAGCCCAUGUGUCCUGCUCAAAAUCCCCAAACUGGAGUCUGAAAAUACAUGUGUUCAUUCAUUCCAUGUGCAUGUAUUAAUCUCUCCCUCUGGGAGGUCCCAGAAAUGCCCAGUCUUUGGGAGACCAAUCUUGGAUGACCACUCAAAACUCUAUAAAGGGCCCUCCCUGG